CAGUUUAUAAUCAUCACAAUUUGCUCCCAGUGUGUAUUUUCGUCCACCUUCAGCUCCACCUCCGAUAAAUUCAUUCCUUCUAUAUCAUCCUUUUGUUUUCUCCACUACUUCUCCUUCUCGAUUGAUCAUCAAAUGGAAAGAAACAAUAUUCGUAGGCAGGUUGCUCUGAUGAGGCAGUCCCUCUUUACUCAGGGAUAUCUGGAUGAACAGUUUGUUCAGUUGGAGGAGCUGCAAGAUGAUACUAAUCCAAAUUUUGUGGAGGAAAUUGCUACAUUGUACUACCGUGAUUCAUGCAGAUCACUCCAAACCAUAGAGAAGUCAUUAGAGAAAACCCCUCACGAUUUCAAUAAGUUGGACAAUCAUAUGCAUCAAUUCAAGGGAAGUAGCUCAAGCAUCGGAGCCAAGAAGGUGAAAGCUGAAUGCCAACAGUUCAGAGAAUAUUGUAGGGCAGGAAAUGGAGAAGGAUGCAUGAGAACUUUCCAACUAUUGAAGAAAGAACAUGCAACUCUGAAAAAGAAGCUUGAGGCUUAUUUUCAGAUGGCAAGGCAAGCUGGGCCAAUUGAGACCGCAAGUCGUCCCAAGUAAGAAGAAACUAAUCAACAUGCAGUAUAUAUCAUGUAGCAAAAUGUUAGGUUGGUGGAUUUUGUGCGUACUACACAGAUAUAUUCCCACCUAGCCUUGAAUGAAGGUCUAGAGGACCCGGGUGCUUUUGGAUACCAAUAUCUAGUUUUCCAUUUAAGCUGCUUUGGCAUUUUAGUCAGUUCGCGAAUGCAAAGGCUAUGCAAUUGUAACCAAAAAGAAUGAAAAGGCUAUGCAAUCAAGCUUUUAUCU